CCCUCUCUCUCUCUCUCUCUCUCCCUCCCUCCCUCCCCUAUAAAUACAGAUCCUCCUCCCCAAUGGAUUCUCAGAAUCCCUCUCUCUCUCUGAUCAUCCAUAUUAGAACACUCCAAAACCAAUUAAAAUGAAUAAAUAAAUAUUAUCUCAUUUUUUGCUUUCCCAUUUUUUGGCGCGAAAAAAUAGGUGGCAGCGAUGAAAAUAGAGAACGGAGAACGGAAUAUCAGCAUGGCGUCUCCGGCGGAGAAGGCUGCGGCGAUCGGAGACGAGAAUGAGAGGGGCGGAGAGGCGUUCGUGCCCCCUCUGAACUUCGCCAUGGUCGACAAUGGCGUGUUUAGGUCCGGCUUUCCUCAUUCCCCCAAUUUCAGCUUCUUGAAAUCCCUAGGCCUCCGUUCCGUCAUAUAUUUGUGUCCGGAGCUGUAUCCGGAGGAGAACAAAGAGUUUUUGAGAGCAAAUGGGAUUCGCCUUUUCCAGUUUGGGAUCGAUGGCUCUCAGGAACCUUACGUGAAAAUCCCGGAGGACACAAUUCGUGAAGCAUUAAAAGUUGUCCUUGAUGUAAGAAACCACCCGCUCCUGAUUCAUUGCAAGCGAGGGAAGCACCGGACGGGCUGCCUUGUGGGAUGCUUAAGAAGAUUGCAAAGAUGGUGCCUGACCUCAAUCUUUGACGAGUACCAGAGGUUUGCAGCUGCAAAAGCUCGAGUUUCGGAUCAGAGGUUCAUCGAAGUCUUUGAUAUUUCUAGGUUCGACAACUGUCCAACGUCGUUUUCGUCUUCUAAGAGGUAGGUAGCAGACUCCAAGUCCCUUGCAUCUUUUGGGUGUUCGUGACUCGUCAGUUCGUUUUCAUGCAAUGCUGUACCCGCACGCAUAUUGUACAUAAAUACUAACUUUCAAUUUUGAAUUUUCAAUCCUUAUAAUAA